UGCUCUUUGUGAAUACUGUAAACCAGGUCUUGCCCCAAAAUGGAGGGCAAUCAGCCCAAAAGACAGAGUACAAAACUGCAAGAACGCUAUGCAGCUUGCCAAAGACCAUUUAGGUGUGCCAAGGGUUAUAAGCGCUGAGGACUUUGCCAGUUCUGAGUUGGAUGAGUUGUCUGCCAUGACUUACCUUUCAUAUUUUAUACGCAAAAACUCCCCUGGAUACUUCUGCAUGCUCAACUGGGCUUGUAAACAACUCAAAACUACCAACAUCAGCAAUCUCUCGACUGACUGGAACAACGGCUUUUACCUGUGUGCUCUCGUCCACUCACUGGGUGGGGAAGUGCCGAGCUGGCCUCAGAUCGACACCAGUGACAAUGUCAAAACAUGCCAGCUGGGAAUUGACAGCGCUAAGGGUUUAGGCAUUGAGCCUAUCCUCACUGCCUCAGAACUGGCCGACCCAGGAGUGGAUCAUUUAGCCAUCAUGGCAUAUCUCAGCAAGUUUCAGGCCAUCAAACCCCGCAAGCCCAAAUCAGAGCGACUAGAACUUAUGUGCACAGUUUCUUCAGUGACGACGGGUGAAAUGGUAAAUUUUGACGUUAAAGCCACAGAGUCUGAUUUCGAGCAGUCAAAAGUGCAGAUGACAGUAGAAAAUCCUGGUGCUGACUCUCCCAAGUGUACAGUACAGUGGACGACAAAGACAUUUGGAUCGUGCAACUUUGUUCCGAAAGCUGCAGGAGAGUACAAAGUUCACAUACUGUACGAUGGUGAGGCUGUUCAAGGGAGUCCGCUCACAUUUUCUGUUCAGCCUGAUUUCAGCCAGUUCCGUCUUUUGGGAUAUCCAAGUCCUUGCAAGCUUGAUCAACCAUACAAGAUUGAGGUGCCUUGUCCAGUAGAAAUGCAGAGUAGUGUUGUUGUCAAAACAAAGGGUCCUAGUGGCAACGAAAACACUCUGACCCUUAACCCCGUUGACAGUAGCCUAAAAUCUUCCUUCAUACCUAAUACUAUUGGAGUUUGGAGUGUAACUCUUUACAUUGAGCAACAUGAAGUCUCUAUUCAGUAUUUAGAUGCCUUUGAUCCAAGCAAAGCUCGAUUAUUGGAUCCACCUGAACGCUGUAUUGUCGGGAAGGAAGUUUCUCUGGAAGCUGAGAUAGGUGGAUGCGGCCUCGACAAUGUGGAGGCAGAGGUUGAGUAUAGUGCUGGACGGAAAUUGGGUGAUGUCCAGGUGACUGGUAUUGGACUCACUCGUACGAUCACAUUCACUCCGACCGUAGCGGGACCCCACAGGGUUAAAACAACACUUGGCGGAGAACCAAUCAGGGGAACUCCUAAAACAAUAGAAGUGUCAGAUCCUGGGCAAGUGGCUGUGACUGGUGAUGGACUCAGGCAAGGGACCAGAGCAGUAGAAGCGUCUUUCAAUGUAGACAAGAAGGACUUGCAGGGAGACAUAGAUGUUUCUGUUGAGAUGAAUGGUCAGCAGCUGGAGGUGUACAAAGAAAGGAAACCAGAUGGUACUAUGGAUUACAGAUAUAUUCCCAAAAAAGCUGGCAUGUACAAAAUCAGUGUCAUGUGGGAAGGUGUGCAUGUUUCAGACUCACCUUUUGAGGCUCAUGUGACGGAUAAAUCGUUGGUGACCCUGCUCACUGAUGUACAGGAACUGAAGGAUGAGAAUGAUCACAUUGCUCUAGACUAUGGGAAGCUGUUUGUUUUGGACCUUGAUGUCAGCCAGGCGGGACCAGGGAUAUUUAAAGGUGAAGUUCUGAGUCCAAAGGGGAAGCUGAUUGUGAGUGUGAAGCAGACAAAAGAACAAGUUUCCAUGUCAUUCACACCACGUACCGAAGGUGACCACUACAUCCACAUGUAUUGGUCAAAUGUUCCCAUUGAGUUGAGUCCACUUCUCGGAUACUGCCCGGGGCCUCCGCUUCCUGUAGAUUCAAGCCAGGUCGUUGUGACGGGUCAAGGGGCGGAGUCUGCCAGAGCCACUGUGCGUGCUGAGUUCAUCAUUGAUGGAAGAAAGGCUGGACCUGGUGUUCCCAAGGUGACAAUGCAAGGUGUUCAGACAGAGCUGCCUGUGGAGGUGAAGCCUCUGAAGUACAACAGAUACCACUGCUCAUACCUCUCAGAAUUCCCAGGUAGUUUCCUCCUGUAUAUCUCAUGGUCGGACAAAAUGCUCCAGCGCUGCCCUAUCAAGGUCAAUAUCUUUGCAAAAGGGGAUGCUAAGAAGGUGACGGUCUCAGGAGAAGGGCUCAAUGGAGGUAUUGCAGGCCAUGAGCUGAAGGUGUUUGUGGACACUACUGCAGCUGGUCCCGGGGAGAUAACUGCAAGUUGUCAAAGCCAGCAUCAGACUGCCCGCUGUGACGUCAAAGAGAACAACGACGGUCAUUACACACUGAGAGUACUGCCCAUGGAGCCAGAGCGACACAUCUUACAGGUCGAGUACGAUGGAGUACAUGUGCCAGGUAGCCCUUUUGUCCUGAGAGUGGGUGAACCUCCUGACCCCAGCAAGGUCAAAGUGUUUGGCCCAGGUGUGGAGAAUGGUUUAAUCGACUGGUUCGAGUCCCGCUUCUUAGUGGAGACUCAAGGGGCUGGAGCUGGUCAGUUGGCCGUCAAAGUCCGUGGACCUCGAGGUGGAUUUAAAGUUGACAUGCGUAGAGAAACCAAGUCUGAAAGAACAAUAACUUGCAGAUAUGACCCAAGUGAGCCUGGUGAAUAUUCAAUCAGUGUUCGCUGGUCAGGUGUCCAUGUGCCGGGCAGUCCCUUCAGUGUGAACCUGGUAGAGACGAAGGAAGAACUACAUGUCAUCAUGAUGAGACAAGGGAAGGUUAUUGCAGAUGAGGAUGAUGAGUGGAGGGCGGAGAUUUAAAAAG